CAGGCCGCAGGAGCCGACGCGAGGCGGAGCCCGCCGAGCCCCUCCAGCCCGCGCGCCGCCGACGCCGGCGGGCCAGCUCCAGGGCGCUGCGCCCCGCCCCGUCUGCGACCGCUAGAGGCGGCCGCACCGGCCCGCUUCCCGGCGCCCGGCUGCAGGACGCGGCAGCGAGGCCCGGCCCACCGCGCUCUCCGGAGGGCGGCUGCCGGCGGGAAACGCCCGCCACGCAGUGGCGCGAAGGGUCCGGUGCCGGGACUGGCGGAGGGCUGCCCUCUCCCGGGCCGGGGGUUUGCGCAGCCGACCCUCGCUCACGCUUCCCUGUUAAACACCGCAACCACCCUCUCCGCAGCCUCAGCGGAGCCGCCGCAGCGUCCCGCCCAGGCGCCCCGCCCGCGAGCCCGACGCCUGGGCCCCACUGCAGCUUCCCACGCGGCCUCUCCUCUCUUCCUCACUUCCUGGUUGCCAUGGAGACAUACGUCAUCUACGUGGUGCGCGUCGCCUUGGAAACGGGGGCAUCCGCGGCUGAGAGGCCCGCCCCUGCCGCCUCAGGCACGCUCGCGGGCGCUGCCGGUCAAUGGCAGGGGGGAGUCCCGAUCCGGAUCCGCUGCCGGCCGCGGCUUCGAUCCGGGCUCCUUCCUCCGAGAGCGCUUCUGUGAACAGGGUGCCGGCGCGCACUGCUGCCCGCGGGGCCCGGGGGGCGGCGCGGACCCGGGCGCGAUUGCGGACGUGAGGCGGGGCAGGCGCUUCUGCCCCCGGCGAGCCGAGAGACGCCGGCCGGGACUCUCGCCGGGUCCUCGGCCCGCCGGCUGGUCCCGGCCUUCCGCGAUCCCGACCGCGCCCUCCGCCGGGGACUCGCCUCCUCUCGUCGGCUCCCUCCCCUCCCGGCCCCUUCCUCACCCGGAGGCCGGGCUGGACAGGACCCGCUGCUGCCAUUCAAUGGAGGACGGUUUGCUGGAGAUCAUGACCAAGGACGGCGGCGACAUGCCGGCACCUCUGGAAGUGUCCACCGUGCCGGCCGUGGGGGACGUGCUCUCCGGGGAGUACAACGGCGGGAUGAAGGAACUGAUGGAGCACCUGAAGGCCCAGCUGCAGGCCCUGUUUGAGGACGUGAGGGCCAUGCGGGGGGCCCUGGAUGAGCAGGCCUCCCACAUCCAGGUGCUCUCAGACGACGUGUGCGCCAACCAGCGGGCCAUCGUCUCCAUGUGCCAGAUUAUGACCACCGCGCCCCGCCAGGGAGGCCUGGGCGUGGUCGGCGGCAAGGGGAGUCUCCCAGGCGCCCCCCGAGAGCCCGAAACGCCUUCUCCCGGGAUCGGGGACAGCGGUUUGCUGGGUCGCGAUCCUGAGGACGAGGAGGACGACCAAGAGGAGAAGGCGAUGCCCUGCUCUGCCACACCCACUAGUCACUGCGAGCGCCCGGAGAGCCCCUGCGCUGCUCUCCUGGCGGGGGACGGGCCACUUGUGGAGCCCCUGGAUCUGCCCGACAUCACUCUGCUGCAGCUGGAGGGCGAGGCCUCUCUGUGAGGGGACUCCGAAGGGGCACGACUGUCCCGGGCUGCCAUUGGGUUUCCAAGCGCAUGACGCGAGGGACUGGAACGGCGCGGUGCAGCAAUGCUGCUCUCAGACCGCUGCGCCCGUGGGUCAGGCAGAGAGAUUCCCUGGAGGAAGGACUUUGGGAGCAUCACAAAUUCUUUCUGCCUAACCAAGGGAGAUGUAGCAAACUGCGGAAAGGUGAGGUUCCGGGGAGAGGAAGCACCCAUCUCUGGACCGCCGUCCAUCCCCUAUCCUGCCCAUUUUUCCCUCCCCAGGCAGCAAGAGAACUCCUGACUUGUGUAAAUAAAAUUCUGCUUUUUCUAUUCUGA